UUCACGUGAUGAUGACGUAGUGAUAAAGACAGAUACCUGUUUAUUCGACGCUGUGCCAGUCAACAAGACAGUCACAAGUUCGGAAGAUCAGUUUGGUCAAGUUUUAAAAAGAGCGGCGAAGAAGCUAAGAAAAGACGCAGGCGAUAGACUCCGGAGACCGCGGACAAAAAGUCUGUCCUGCGGCCUUAAUUAUUGUCUUAACGCCUUCAACCGCUGCAGACAUUUAAGUGGAUAUAUCAUAUUUCGGAAAUUCAGCAUCAUGCAUCUUUUCGUGCAAAGCAAGAAAAACUAUGGACUUCUGGGGAUCACCGGAGAGGAAACCAUCCGGGACAUCAAGGAGCGAGUCUUCAAGCUGGAGGGUCUGCCCGUGGAACAACAGAUCCUGUACUACUCCGGCAAACCGCUAGAGGACGCUGCUACGCUGCUCGGCUGCGGGAUACCGGAUAUGGGGACAUUGGACGUGAAUGUGCGCACACGUGGAGGAGCCACGUACAAGGUGACCUUCAAGACCCCGGAUGGAGAUAAGACGAUUGAGUGUCCCGAAGACGAAAUUAUUUUGGACGCGGCUGAAGAAGUAAACCUUUUAUCCAUUCAUCACACUUGUCGCGCGGGCGCAUGCACCACCUGCGCCGGUAAGAUUGUGUCUGGCACCGUGGACCAGAGCGACCAGACCCACCUGGAUGCGGACCAAAUGGCAGCAGGGUUCGUCCUGACCUGCGUGGCCUACCCAACCAGUGACCUGGUCAUCGAAACCCACCAAGAGGAGAACCUCUAUUAAACCCCAGCUGUUUGA